AUGAAUAGAAAUCACCCUUACAGAAAAUAUCCUGGAAAUGCCGGGGAUAACCAAUGGAUACAUAAUGGAUAUUUUUUUAGGCGCGUGAAGACGCCUCGACAGUAUAGUGAUGAAUAUGAUGACGAGCCAAGGUGGAAUGCUGGGCAAUUUUAUCAUGGAUAUAAUGCACAACGAGGUCGUAGAGGUUAUAAUGAGGACCCUUAUUGGAAUGCGCAAAAUAGUGAUAAUGAACAUAACUUCAUACCUACAGGGUCUCAGCACUUUGGUUAUUUUGGAUACAAUUUGAGAAUUGUGGGUAUUACUCAUGAGGGGAAGAAGGGAUAUAAUGUGAGAAUUGUGGGAAGUUAUCCGGAAAAUGAUAAGCUGAGUAAAUUUGUUAAUAGUCCUUUUAUAUCAAAACUUAUAAAUAUGUGUGACGUAGAAUUCCAGGCAACGAAUGAUUAUAUGCGUUAUUUAUCAAGCUUAGAUCGUGAUAAAGUAAUGGUAAUAAGGGCCAUAGGUAAUUUUGAAUUAAUAUUAGAUUUAGUUAACGCUUAUGAAAGAAAACAUGGAUUUACAUUUUAUAAUGGUAAUACUAGAAAGAAUAUUGUAUUGAGAAUAUCUAAUCGUUUAGCUUUUUAUUGUGCAACUGAAAGAUUAACAGAAGCCUACUGCAAUCAAGUUAGGGAAAAUAUUGCUAUGGAGCGAAAAUCCAUUCAAGAAAUUUGUUUAAAAAUAGAUGAUGAAAUUAGAAUUGGUAAAAGAAUUAGAGUCGUGAAGGGUAAAGAUGAAAAUAGAUUUUUUGUUGAGUUAUGUGGUGUAGCUAAGAAAGCAAUAUUAGCAGAAGAUCAGUUUUCCCAUGCUAUAAAUAGAGCCAAUGAGUUCCUAGAUGAUGUAAUGAAUUCCACUAUUAUUGUUUUUCCCAAAACAUUCCCAUAA